CUUCACAUAGAUGCAUUACAGGGAAAUUGAACUUGCUCACACACAAGCCAUAGAAACUGACCUGAAACCAAAGACACACAUGCCAUAUAGCAUCCAUGGAGAACAAGUGGGAUGCACACCAGCAACAGGAAUCUUGCUCAGAUAACAGCCUUGUAUUUAUUUGCAAGUUACCAGUCAGGGAAGGUUUCCAGUUACUGGACAGCCAGGAGCCUGUUCAGAUCAAACUCCCAGCACAAUGCACCGUCCACCAGCUUCGUGUACGUCUGUGUAUGGUAACACAGGAGAAUAACAGACUUCCAGAGCCAUUUGCACUUCUGGACCCAGAACGAUACAGUCUGUUAUACCACAAGGAAGAUGAGUGGUAUGAAAUUUAUGACGAUUAUCAGGUAUUGAAAACUCUGGAUGCACCCUGGUUUCAGGGUAACGAUGGCCUUCAGACGGUCUGUGUCACCGUGCUGGCUCAGAAAAGCACCUCUAAGGAGAGAAUUCGCUUUCAGGGUGUUUUGAAUGAGCUAAUCGGCUACGAUUUGGACUCCUCAGAUACUAAUCGUUUAAGUGAGCUAGGCUAUACCCGAAGAAAGUUUGCCACGCCAAGAAGGGAAGAACUGAAAAAACGUGACCCAACAGCUUAUGCCACUGAACCAUGGGUAACUUCCACAGCGCUUCCAAAUGAUCGGCAAGGUCACCUUCUGCAGAUCCUCUCAGUGAAUCUUUAUUAUAAUAGUUCAGUCCUUUCUAUAAAAGCUGACCUGACAAAUACCCCUUGUGAUCUCCUCAAAAUUGUCUGGGAAUCAUUGCCAAAGGAGGACUUGUCAUUCGAAGGAUGGUCGGUUGAUUAUGUGCUCAAGGUGUGUAGCAGAGAUGAAUUCUUAAGUGGAGACUUCCAGCUUUCUGACUAUUUGUGGGUCAGGCACUGCCUUGAAAACACACUGGAGCUUCAUCUCUCAGUGGUUGCAAUAUCAUCCCUUCCGGAAGACACAGUAAGUAGAGAGUACUGGCCACUGGUGGACAGUCUAACUGGUCUUUCGAGCUCCCACGAGGAGCUUUCCAUCAAAGGGAAGAAAGUAGAAGACAUUGUGAUGAUUUCCCUCUGGGACUGUGAGAGAAAGUUCAGGGUUAAACUCCUAGGGUUUGACAUCCCAGACCUCCCACUUAAGGUACCACCAUUUGUCCAUGUGGAAGCCACCAUAAUCUAUGGUAAAAAGAUUGUGUCAUCGGUUUGUGCGACUCUAAAAGAGUUCACAGAUGAAGUGCUGUGGAACACAUGGCUGGAAUUUGACAUUCUGAUCAGGGAUAUUCCUCACGGAGCUAAGUUAGGCCUCACAAUUAACGCUAGUACUUUUGAAGGCACAUCAACUAAGGACACAAAGUCGAACUCCUCUAAAGUAUCCGAUUACCAGAAAGGAAAAGGGCAGGUAUUAUACUUUGUAAACCUCCAGUUGAUUGACCACAGAUCCCUUCUUAGCCAAGGCCCACACACUUUGCACAUGUGGCCUUUCCCAGAAUGGGACGAAGAAGCAUUUACUUACGAAGCGGACAAGCUGUCCACCGCCACUAACCCUGAUAUAGCCAAAGCAAUGGCAAUUACCUUCAUGCUGGAUCGCUACAGCUUUCCCGUUGUCCUGCCAUAUGGCAAGAGCUCUUCAGGUAGUAGUACAUCUCCUGUUUCUGACACACUGGACCUCUCAGGAGAACCCAGACUCUCCUCACCAUUCAGUGAGGGUUCUCCAACAACACCUUUCGCCAAGACAGAUUGCCUCAGAAGGCUUAAAGAAGAAAGUGUCCACUAUGCCUCAAAUUUACCUCAGUUUCUUCGUACGAUCGACUGGAUGAUGCCAAGUGCGGUCCAGGAUGUCCACUGGCUGUUGAGUCACUGGGGACCAGAGGAUAUGGAGCUGCCCGUGGCCCUUGAACUUCUGAGUGUGGAUUUUGCAGACAUGAAGGUCAGAAGAUUGGCGGUUCAAAGAUUAGAAAUCCUAUCCAAUGAUGAGGUACUUAAGUACCUGCUGCAGCUGGUCCAGACCCUUAAAGUCGAACCAUAUCAUGAUAGCUGUUUGGCAAGAUUCCUUCUCAAAAGAGCACUAAGGAGCAAACGGAUCGGACACUUCUUUUUCUGGUAUCUGCGGAGUGAGGUGGCAGGAUGUCCAUUUUUCCGUCAGCGUAUGGCGGUCAUACUGGAGGCCUAUCUGUUGGGCUGUGGAGAGGCAAUGCUGACUGAAUUUCAGCGUCAGGUACAAGUGGUCAAUUGCCUGCAUGACGUGGCUAUAACAGUGAAGGAGCUCUACCCAGACAAAACGGAUCUUCCAUCAACAGCUCCUCAGAAGCUGCAGGAGUUAUUGGAGGAGUGCAAUUUACCCUCUGACUUCCUGGUGCCGUUCGAUCCCCGCGUCAGAGCAGGAAGCAUCAUACUAAAAGACUGUAAAGUGAUGGCCUCUAAGAAAAAGCCGCUCUGGCUUGAGUUCUCCUGCGUACAGUCAGAAGUUCCAUCCUCUCCUCCUGUCGGCAUCAUCUUUAAGCAUGGAGAUGACCUCAGACAGGACAUGCUUAUCAUUCAGACUCUAAUGGUCAUGGACUCUAUUUGGAAAGAAAAAGGUUUAGAUUUGAACCUGGUGCCUUAUGGAUGCAUUUCAACAGGAUAUAACAUAGGAAUGAUUGAGAUUGUGCGAAAUGCGAUUACUAUUGCCUCAGUUCAGAGGAGCCAAGGAGGAGUGGCAGGAGCUUUCAAAAACAACGCCUUGUAUGACUGGCUUCAGAGGAAGUGCCUAUUCCAGGAAAAACACUUUCAAGCUAUGGAGAAGUUUGUAAACUCGUGCGCCGGCUACUGUGUAGCUACCUAUGUGCUGGGUAUAGGUGACCGCCACAAUGACAACAUUAUGAUCACUGAUCAAGGGAACUUGUUCCACAUUGAUUUUGGUCACAUCUUGGGCAACACUAAGAGUUUUCUGGGAGUGAACAGAGAAAGGGUGCCCUUUGUCCUCACGCCUGACUUCCUGUACGUAAUGGGAAGGGUGAAAGGCCGUCCCAGCCUCUACUUCCAGAGAUUUAGGGACACCUGUAUCAAUGCCUAUCUGUCCCUCCGGGCUCAGUCUCGCCUUCUUGUCACGCUCUUCUCUCUGAUGCUGCUCACAGGAAUCCCUGAGCUCAGCAUGUCACAAGACAUGCGCUACCUGCGAACUGCACUGCAGCAGGAUCAGGGAGAGGAAGAAGCUCGGAAUCACUUCCUGCAACAAAUUGCCCUCUGCGAACAAAAGGGUUGGACUGUCCAGGCAAACUGGUGGUUUCACUUGAUGGCGGGCAUUAAAUAGAAAACAUAAAGAAACUAUGUACUUUUCUGACAGAUAAUUUAAAGGGAACAUAAAUGAGGUCUCUUACUGAAAUAUGUAGUAGAAAACAUAUGAAAGCUUUACGUUAUUUUAAAAAAUCCAGAUCGUUUUAGACAUAUUUUGGACUAUGUGGGGUGCAAUUAUUUCGAUGCACACAUGUUGCUAUUUUUACCGCAACACAACUCGAAAAAAUAAAACACUGAGACGAUGCCACAUUGUAUGGCUUUUAGUUGUAAUUUUCAGUUGAACGGCAACAAGACAAGCGAUGUAAGUCUUCACUGUUUUCCUAACGAUAAGAAGAGGAGUAAAGAAUGGGAAGAUGCCGGUGGAUGAAUAAAACUUCCUAAAGACCAGCGUCUUUAUUCGCUCCACUUUAGCCCUGAUGCCUUUGAGGAUUUUAGUAGACCACACCUACUGAAAGAGCUUACAAAUGGCAGAGACAAGAAACGCUAGAUGCCAUCCUGGCAGGAUGUAAACAUGCUUACGCUUGUCAUGACGCUGCAGCCAAUGAAGGAGUGUCUCAGCAUGAAUUUCACUCAAAAUCUGGAGCAUUUAGACUCCUUGUGGGGGAAAAUUAAAGGUAUGGCAUUUGGUUUAAGCCUACACUUAUAUCCAUCACCACAUAUAAGCUCUUUCAGUAGCUGUGGUCAUCGUAUCAGUAUUUUAUUUUCAGAGUUGUGUUGUGGUAAAAAUAGCAACAGGUAGUGCUAGUCGCUCACUGAGUGCAACCAUUUGACAUCAUUGAAAUAAUUGCACCCCAAUUCUUUUUGAAAUAACGUAAAUCUUUCAUGGGUUUUCUACUACACAUCAGUAAGAGACAACAUUUACGAUAUAUUAAGCCUUACAAGUCUUAAUACCCAAGGUUCCCUUUAAGUUAGCAAAACGAUGCUACGUGCUCUCUGCAUGCUACAGCUUCUUGGAGUAAAAAUGUUUGAGACUCGCUGACUUAAAGAAACACAAAAUUGAAGAUCUGUCAUCAUUUACUCAGCCUCAUGUCAUUACAAACUUGAUGUGAUUUCCUUUGCUAAGCUGAAUACAAAAGGAGAUGAUUGUCAGAAUGUUCACGCUGCUCUGUACUAUGAAAGUAACGGUGAAUUUUGGCUGAACUACCCCUAAAUGUUACAUUUUGUCAUGCAAAUUACACGGAAAACAAUUUCGUGUUUAAUAUAGACAAUAAAGUUUGUUUGCUACUUCA